AGAGCAAGUGAUAGAGUGAUAACUGAUAAUGGUUAGCAGACGCCGGACUUGUCACCGGCCAUUUCGAUUUUGAUUUGAUUUCGAUUUAGCAAACCAAGGUAAAUAAAAACACGGAUUUAGCUUUUGCGGCUAGAACAGGAGCGGGGACAUGUUACGGUGACAAGAAUCAAGGAGUGACACCGUGCUAUGAAUGACUCUGCUGGAUGGACGGCCGGAUCCCUUUGCACGAAUCACGAUGCAGCAGCGCGCGCCGGGUCGGGCCCCGCUGGCCUUGAACGGGUGGCUGUUUUCAGAGUCGCCGCCGCGGCCCCGCUGCGGCCCCGGACGCUGGUUGACAGCACGGUCCCCGGAGCUGCGCGAGGUGCAGUCGGCUCGGACGGUGUUGCACCAAGGCACGCGUACCCGACACUGGAUCGGCAUUCAAGUCGGCUCUUACUGGCUUAGAUUCACCCAUUCGGGAUUCACCAAUAAGAUGCUCCUGAUUCGGCACAGAGUCCCGAGUGGCCUUCUGAAGUUUUGUCACCAGGCAGGUGUCCGGCUGUCAUCCACUGCUGCAACUGAAAAGCAUGGCCUGGUGCUGGGCGUGUACAAGGACGGUGACAAGUACACGCUAACCGAGGAGGCCGGGAAGUUCAACAAAAAGACGGGCGGCCGGCUCGACGAGCUCCUUCAGUGCGCCUCAGUGACGGGGAAGCUGUCCGAGUCCCGGCUGCUGUUUGGCCUCACGCCCGAGUUCCCCGCCGUGGCCGUGGUCGGUCUCGGAGACCGCCACCGACAGGACGUGGACCACGCCGAGGACGUGCACGCCGGGCGGGAGAACGUCCGCACAGCCGUGGCCGGGGGCGUGCGGGCGCUGCGAGAAGUGCGCUGCAGUCACGUGACCGUGGAGCCGGCUGGUGAGCCGGAGGCCAGUGCCGAGGGCGCUCACCUGGCGCUGUGGGCCUACGACGAGCUCAAGGCCGAGAAGAGCCGACAGAAGUCCGUGGAACUCAGCUGCACCGAUGGAGACAGCGAGCCGUGGAGGCGCGGCGUGCAUCGGGCGGCCGGCCAGAACCUGGCGCGCACUCUGAUGGAGAUGCCGGCCAACCACCUGACGCCCACACUCUUCUGUCAGCGCGUUUCUGAGACGAUGGCCGGCCUGCCGGUCGAGGUGACCAUCCGAGACGAGGCCUGGAUCCGACAGAACAACAUGGGCGCCUUCCUGAGCGUGGCGCGUGGCUCUGUGGAGCCGCCCCGGCUGCUGGAGCUCAGCUACUCGGGAGCGGCGUCCGACUCGGCGCCGCUCGCCAUAGUAGGCAAGGGGGUGACGUUCGACUCUGGCGGCAUCUCGCUGAAGCCGUCCAACAAGAUGGACAAGAUGCGUGCCGACAUGGGCGGUGCGGCCUGCACGGCCGGGGUGCUGUACGCGGCGGCGCGGCUCGGACUGGCCGCCAACCUGCGCGCCUUCAUUCCGCUCUGUGAGAACAUGCCCGGCGGACGGGCCACCAAGCCCGGCGACGUCGUCACGGCCAUGAGCGGAAAGACCAUUCAGGUCGACCACACCGACUUUGAGGGCCGCCUGAUCCUGGUGGACGCCAUGUGGUACGCCCAGCAGGUCUGCAAGCCGAGGGCAAUGCUCGAUAUGGCCACUCUCACAUACGACAUGGUGGUAGCGCUGGGCUCGGCGGCCGUGGGCGUGUUUACCAACUCGACCGCCGCGUGGCGCCACCUGCGCGCCGCCGGCUCCGCCACCGGGGACCGUGUCUGGAGGAUGCCGCUCUGGAGACACUACACAAACUACAUGACCGAUUGUGAGCUAGCUGACCUGAACAACAUCGGUACGAUGGCCGGUCCGGGGAUGUGCUGGCCUGGGGGAGCCUGCUCCGCCGCCGCCUUCCUCAGGGAGUUUGUGUCUGAGGACCUGCCCUGGCUGCACCUGGACAUUGCCGGCACCAUGGAGAACUCUGCUGACGACGUGCGCUACCUGCCCAAGGGCAUGAGCGGCCGGCCCACGCGCACCGUGCUCCAGUUCGCCGAGACGCUCUGUCGAGACGAGAGGCCCGCCACAGACUGACGUGGAGACGGCGGAGAGAGAGAGAGAGAGAGAGAGAGAGAGAGAGAGAGAGAGAGAGAGAGAGAGAGAGAGAGAGAGAGAGAGAGAGAGAGAGAGAGAGGCGCGGGAUUUUCUGGGCGCUGUUUAUGGUGCGAGCGCCUAGCGUUUCGUUCCUCUGGCGGAACGGUCUUCCUAAGGCAUGCCAACAAUAAUUUAGUGAUGUUGAGAGUCUGAGACAUUUCCUAGAAGUGUAUGGCCUCAUCAAGAGGAUGCCCUUGCGCAUUGAUCUGAUACGAAUUUGUAUGUGAUAUUUAAAGGUGCAAUAGUGUUAUCGAACGAAGUGAAACAACUGGGUAAUAAAUAUUUGCCUCCUAUAUUU